AAUGUAUUUAAUUUCGUCUUUAGGCAAGAACUCUGGUUGGAGUGAGAGAUAGUCUUGAUAAGAGUCUUGAGGAGCCGAACACCAUGUUAGUCACUGUCCUAAAUUGCAGAGACCUCAUCAAUCGUAAAUUAGACAAACUUUCUCGUAACGAACACUUGGUGGGCGUGCAAUUACACGGAGAUGAAGCAGAUCGGGAAGAGAACGAUGAACAUAUCAAUCCGGAAGUUGAGGACUUUGAGGCAGCUGGAGGAGCAACGCAAGAGGACUUGUUUGGGGGAUCUUCGCAGCAGUUUCAGAGUUUUACUCCGUUCGCAGGGACUUCCCAUGCCUAUGCAAGCUCAUCAAACCGAGAUGGUAGCUGCACCGAUACCAUUCAACCGCUGAUCUCCAACGUCUCUACGGCACGUGAUGCAUGGCUGAAUCUUCACUCCAGUUUUGCAAGUGCCAGUCGCGGCCAUAUUUUGGCUCUCAAAUCUAAACUUGGCAAAAAUCCACGUGGCAAUCGAUCCAUCAAUGACUACCUUCAUGAUAUGCACUCUAUUUCAAAUGAACUCGCUCUGAAUCAGAGCCCGGUUAAGGAGGAAGAUCUGGUGGCUCACGCCCUCAAUCAACUCGGCCCCGAAUAUGAUCCAAUUUCAUCGGCCGUGUUCCUCCGUGGCUCUGCUCUUCCUUUCACCGAAUUGGGUGAUGUACUUCGAGAUUUUAAGCGCAAACUUCAGCUCAUCGAUGAUGCUGCUCCUUCCCUGGUAGCAACGGCGCACACUGCCCAGCGCCACCCUUCUGCCGGUUCUCGAUCUUAUUCUGGACAUUCGGCUGGGCACUCAUCUCAGUUUUCUCGUUCCUCCCCCACCUCGCGGCAGCAACAUGGCUCAUCGAAGCAGCCCCGCCGUACUGAUGGUUCUUCCUGCCAGUUCUUUUCGAUUCCUGGUCAUGACAUUAGAGUGUGUCGUAAAUUGGCUCGCCUCCUCCGGGAUAAUGGGCUGCAGUCUAUGCCGGCCUCCUCUUAUGGCACUACUGGGCCGGUUGCUCAUGCUACUACUGCUUCUCCGAAUGGGCUAAAUCACUGGAUGUUUGACAGCGGCGCCAGUCAUCAUACCACUCCGGCUCCUCAGUCACUCCAGUCCUUCUCCGAUUAUGGUGGUCCUGAUGAGAUCCGUCUGGGCAAUGGAUCUGAAAACGGGGGCGCCUCUUCUUCAAGGUAAAAAUCAUGGUGGCGUUUACUAUGCCGCUCCCGCUCGUCCGCCCGAAGUGCAUCAUAUUGGUCUCUCCGAUCUACAUCAUGCGCUAGGGCAUCCUUCCAAUAAAGUUUUGUCUCAGAU